AUGUCCAAUUCUUGUCAUAGGCGUUGUUCUCCUUUGGUCUCCAAGAUCAGAAGAGAUGCAUUUGUCAUCCAAUUGUUCAGCCUUGUGCUCGCACAAAUAUCACUUGCUGAUGAGGCUUGCCGAUUGCAGGAGUUUUCAAGGUCAAGAAUGGAGAUGCAACAUGAUCGUCUAGACAAUGAAAUGCUUACGAGUUGGAGCAUGGAUCGUCCAAUAUAUGUGGGUCUGCAAGAUGGGUUGAAGAAGGCUGAUAAGAUCAGUGAGCUUCCUGGGCAGCCAGAGAAGGCCGCCUUUGAUCAGUAUGCCGGCUAUGUCACGGUUGAUGCAACAUCUGGGAAGGCCCUCUUUUACUACUUUGCAGAGGCUGCUGAAGAUCCAUCUACCAAGCCAUUGGUCCUGUGGCUCAAUGGAGGGCCUGGUUGCUCUUCUCUGGGAGGAGCUAUGCAUGAAAUUGGGCCAUUCUUCGUCAACAGAGAUAACAAGACACUGUCCAAAAACAAAUAUGCAUGGAACAAUGUGGCAAACAUGCUCUUCCUUGAGAGCCCUGCUGGUGUUGGCUUCUCAUACUCGAACAGAACAUCAGAUUACAAUAACACUGGUGACAGGAGCACUGCAGCAGAUGCAUAUACUUUCCUCAUCAAUUGGCUUGAGAGGUUCCCAGAGUACAAGGGCCACAGCUUCUUUUUAACUGGUGAAAGUUAUGGUGGCCACUACAUACCACAGCUCGCCAACACUAUUCUGUCAAAUAACAAAAUCAGGAACACCACUAUGAUCAAUCUCAAAGGAGUUGCUAUUGGGAAUGCAUACCUGGAUGAUGACACAAACACAAGAGCAACCAUCGAUUACUACUGGACACAUGCUAUGAUCUCCAAAGAAACUCACACCGCAGUCCAGGAAAAUUGCGGCUUUAAUGGAACAUACACAGGACUCUGUAGAACCACGAUAGAAGCCGCAAACAAUGAGAAGGGCCUUCUCGAUGAAUCUAACAUCUAUGCAUCGUUCUGCUGGGAUGCUUCUGAUCCCCAAAAGCAGCAUGCCUCGGUAACCAACAAUGACCCCUGUGCCAGUUACUAUAUGCGAUCAUAUCUGAACCGCCAAGAGGUGCAGAGAGCACUUCAUGCUAACACCACAAGAUUGAAGCAACCAUGGUCGGAUUGCAGUAAUAUCAUUUCUCCUGAAAAUUGGAAAGAUGCCCAAGUCUCUAUGCUACCAUCUAUUCAGCAAUUAAUUUCAAGUGGAGUUAGCACAUGGCUGUAUAGUGGCGAUAUUGAUGCCGUUUGCCCAGUAACUUCAACGCUGUAUUCAUUAGACAUCCUGGGGCUGAAGAUAAAUUCAUCAUGGCGGGCAUGGUAUUCUGAUGAUGGUGAGGUUGGAGGCUAUGUUGUUGAGUACAAAGGUCUGAUAUUUGCAACAGUCCGAGGAGCUGGACAUAUGGUUCCAACCUACCAACCCCAAAGAGCGCUCACCUUGUUCUCGUCAUUCCUGAAUGGGAAGUUGCCACCUGAGUGA